AUGCAUGUUAUGGCAGGCCCUGCAAGGAGCUUGGGUCUGGGGCCCCUGGGCCUCCACAGCAUCCUCCAAGCCCUGUACAUGGUUGUCUUAAUUGUGCUGGUCAUGAUGAGUUUGGUGUUUGGUAAGCCUAUUCCUAUAAAUCAGGAACCUCCUCAACCACCUCACUUCCCCAAAUACCUGCGCUGCUAUCGAUGCCUCUUUGAGACUAAGGAGUUGGGGUGCCUUCUGGGAUCUGACAUCUGCCUCACCCCAGUUGGCAGCAGCUGCAUCACUCUUCAUAUAAAGAACAGCAGCAGUUCUGACAUUAUGGUGAGUGGCUGCCGCAGCAAGGAACAGAUGAGUGAUUGUUCACAUACCCGCAAUUCUCCGGUGUCUGGCUUCUGGAUUUUCUCUCAAUGCUGCUUCCUGGAUUUCUGUAAUAAUCCUCAAAAUAGAAUGUACUAUAUUACUUAGAACGACUGCAGAGACCCUUGGAGUAAAAUGCCACCAGUUUUCAGCCAUCCUCCUGACUUCUACUUGGGCU